GGCCGGUUGGACUUCUACCAGCCACCACCCCCCACACCACCAGCGCCGGGCCGGGCAGGCAGAGAGAAAAGCAGCCAGACCAGACGUCUCGCGUCCCGUCCUCGCUGCGCUGCGGUCCCCCCAUAUCCUUCCGCUGCUGCUGCUGCGCGCCGUCGUCCGUCCGCGUCCAGAUCCGGCCGCCAACCGAUCCGGCCUCCCGCAUGGCUGCGGCGGCGAGGGCGGCGGGAGCCCUGGCGCUGGCGCUCGUGCUCGCGCUGGCGGGGGCCAACUCCGAGGGGGACGCGCUCUCGGCGCUGCGCCGCAGCCUCAGGGACCCCGGCGGCGUGCUCCAGAGCUGGGACCCCACGCUCGUCAACCCCUGCACCUGGUUCCACGUCACCUGCAACCGCGACAACUGCGUCACGCGCCUAGAUCUUGGUAAUUUGAACUUAUCUGGUCAUCUGGUGCCUGAACUUGGGAAAUUAGAGCAUCUGCAGUAUCUGGAACUUUACAAGAAUAACAUUCAAGGAACAAUCCCACCUGAGCUUGGUAGCUUGAAGAGUCUAAUAAGCUUGGACUUGUACAAGAACAACAUUUCGGGGACAAUACCUCCUGCCCUUGGAAAGUUGAAGUCCCUUGUAUUCUUGCGGCUCAAUGGCAAUCGUUUGACUGGGCCAAUCCCAAGGGAACUGGCUGGAAUAUCUAGUCUCAAAGUUGUUGAUGUUUCAAGUAAUGAUUUGUGCGGAACAAUUCCCACCUCUGGACCAUUUGAGCACAUUCCUCUGAGCAAGACAUCUUUUUUUGGUAUCCAUUUUCUUUGGUUGGAAGUACUGAGUGAUAGAAUGCUGUCGACAAGCUUUGAGAAGAACCCACGUUUGGAAGGGCCAGAACUACAAGGCCUGGCGGUAUAUGAUACCAACUGCUAGAGGGCAACGCGAACAGAAAAUUGGCUAGAAAGAGAAAUGGGCGAACAAGGUUACUGAAGAUCGGGUGAUAUAGAUUAUGUUAGGUCUGGUUCUGCUGCCACUCUGUAAUCCUUCCUGCAUAGCUCUUAUUUGCAACUUGCUGUCAGCAAGUUGCUGUAUGUUUUAUCAGAAUGCUUUCUGUCCGUGAAAGUAAACUUGGAACUGCUUAUUACGACUGAAAUGAUAUCGUCAUUUACCCUGCCACGAGUUUUAGCUUCCA